GAUUUUAUAUUUUUAAUAUUUUUAAUUACUCAUUUUUAAUAUUUUUAAUUACUCAUUAUUUGUUUUUUUUUAAAGUUGAUAGAAAUGAAAGAAAAUUUUCUUAAUUUCUUACGAUUUGUUCUUAAAUAAUAUCGCGACGCGGUGUGAUUGUUUUAUGAUUACAGUAACAAAGAUCUUCUCUAGGUCAAAUUUAAUUCGACGUUAUUUGUAAUUGUUCUUUUGAAAUUGAUGGUUCGGCUACGUAAUGGAAGAAGAAGAAGAGGAAAAAGAAGAAAGAAGAAAUUUAAGAUUAUAUCAUGAUCAGACGAUAGAAAGGAAAGAAAAAGAAUUAGAAGAUUCGAGAGACUUAAGGGGCGAGAUUUUAAAUAUAGAUAUAUAUCUAUAUCGUAGAGACUCUCUCAGUGGUCCAGAGAGACAGCCUCUAGACAUGGAUAAGCGUGCAGCUGUCGUUGCAGUUGCAGCCUCGAGCUUAGAGAAAGGCAAUAACAUCAUGUGUAUAGAAAGUAAACUCCUAAGGCGAUAAAUUCAGUUCCACGGCGUAAAUAAGGUAACUCUAAACUGUGGAUUAGUUUUUGACGAUGCAAUCAAAACAAAUAUAAAUACUGUGUGAUUAGUUCAAUGAAGAAUGAAUUUGUCGAUCAAUUGUAAAAAAUAUUUGUCAAUUCAUUGUGAAAAGUUUGUCAACUUUUAUUAAAAAAAAAAAAAACUUCCCACGACACCAAUAUUAUUAAUAACUUUAUACGGCAAUGAAACAAAACAAACAUUUUUUUUUGUUUCUUAAUUAAUUAUUGCAACGAUAACAAAAAAAAACAAGUGUGACAAUCACUGUAAAAGUUUUUACAAGUGUAGUAUGACUUAGAACAAUAGGAAGAUUUACGAGAUAGGAAAAAAAAAAAUGGGAAAAGAAAAAGAUUCAAAAUUCCAGUAAAUGAACUUCUUUGUUUUACCAUCGAUUUCUCGAAGUGACAGUAAUCU